AUGGAAUCUUUGAAGAAAUUAUGCGAAGCCCCCAGUUUUGGCGAGGGUUUGCAGAGCGUCAUGAGCUUGGUAAUGCUUGAGUGGGUGGAUGUUGAAGCUAAAUUUAAACAGGUGGAAGGGGUUUACCAUGAAUGUCUCGAAGAACUUGAGUCGAAAGAGAAACAUUUGAAGGGUGUUGAAGAAUCUGUGCGAAAGGGUUUCUGUGAAGAAUUUGAUUCCAGGAGAAGGUGGAUUGAGGCGGGUUUGAAGAGAUUGGAUGAGAAAGGGCUUUCUCUACAAGGGUUCUUAAGGAAAAUAGAAGUGGAGAAAGUAAGUUUUGAGGAAAUGGAGGAAUCUACAGGUAAACAGAUGAAGAAUCUUCUUCUGAUGGAGGGGGAAAUUCAGGGUGCCCUGGAACUGAAACUGAGUCAAGUGGAGAAAAGCCAGAUCCAGCUUGAUUUCAUGGAGACAGCUAUGAGGAUAAGAGAAGCUAAUACUGUUUCAAAGGAGAAAAAUCUCAGCAAAACAGAAGGAAUUCUUGAGAGAAGGAGAAAUGAAAUUGAUUCAGAGGAGGAAGAUAUGAAGAGAAGGAAUUCCUUAGAACAGUCCACUCCAGAAGCAGACCCAAUGAGUCCAACAAAGUCUGCAGAAGUGAGGAGGGUGGGAAGCAAAAGAGAUUGUCCUGAUGGCCAAGAGAGAAUAAUCAUGGAAGAAAAUAGGUGCAAGCAUGCUAAAGGAAACAGUUGCAAUUUCGAUGAACGAAUGAGGAGAUUUGAAGCUCAAGAUGUUCAGGAAUCAGGUGCUAAUAAUACGUCACAAGCACAGUUACCUGAUGAUAUCAUAGUUUUUGAUACAUGUUUAACUAGUGUUGAGAAGGGAAACCCAGCAAGAACAAUCAAUUUUGGAGAAACUUGGGCCUGUUUUGAUGCAAACGAUGACCUGCCAAGAACAUAUUUCCAGGUUGUUAACUAUGUUGAGGAAGAUGGACAAGUUAUGCUUGAGGCUGCAAGGUUGGAACCUUUUCCUGUAUAUGAAGGUGACAAAGAGUGGAUUGAUGCUGGCCUGCCGGUAACUUGUGGAAUGUUUCAACGAGGAGAGACAAGUGUCGAAUCUCCCGCUAUUUUUUCUCAUCGAAUCAUUUGCAAGAGAGAACAUCCUUGCGUGAUACUUCCCUCAGAAGGAGAAACUUGGGCGAUCUACAAAGAUUGGGAUAUCACAAAAUGGUUGCACGGUGACAGAGAAUAUGAUAUUGUGGAGAUAUUGAAAAUUAUUCGCGAAGGACCUUCAUCGCCAUCCUGGAGGGUAAGAGUUGGCUACUUGGACAGAAUCAUAGGAUCUGAGAAUCUGUUUAAGCGGAGAAGCAAGAACAACGGCGACGAGGAUUCAACUUCCGAAUUGCCUAGCACUAGUAUAUACAGGUUCUCGCACAAAGUGCCCUAUGUUGAUGGAGGAGGCACUGACUCCAUUUUUGAACUUGACCCCAAAUGCUUCUAA